UUGUCAUGCGUUAUAACAGCCGCGGAUGUCAUGUAACUCAUUCUGAAAAUAGUGUCGGACUGUUCAGUGUCGGGCUGCUCGCACUGUGUCUGCCAGUAUUUUACUCGCCUCUCUACCGGGAAGAGCGUGCGAUGCGUGCACUCACUAUAAUAUUCGCGUUCGUCGCGCUCCAUCAUGUUCAAAGCGCAAAAAUUCUCGGUCUAUUUCCACAUACGGGGAAGAGCCAUCACAUGGUUUUUGAACCCCUUCUUAAGCAGCUGGCGGAACGUGGACACCAAAUGACAGUCGCGUCAUUCUUUCCCUUAAAAAGUCCACCUUCAAAUUACACCGAUGUCAGUUUUGAAGGUAUCGCUGGUAUAGGUGUCGAGACAUUGGAUAUGUCAUGGUUCGAAAAUCCUAGUUUAGUGUUCCGAUUGCCGUUUGUGGGUGAAAUUUUUAAACAGUUUGCCGGUUUUCAACCUCUCGCCGGAAUGGCUUUAAACGUCUGCGGGAAGGCUAUUGAUUGGCCGCCGCUCGUGGAGGCUUUGAAAGGCGACUACGACAUCGUGAUAGUAGAAAACUUCAACAGUGAUUGCAUGCUGGGAUUGCUACAUGUUUAUGGAAUUAAAGCACCGAUUGUUGCAUUGUCGUCAUCGAAUGCAGUGCCGUGGGCUGCAGAGCGUAUCGGAUUUGUCGAUAAUCCGGCGUAUUUACCUGUGCUUAGUGCAAGUUGGGCAACUUCGAUGACUUAUGUAGAAAGGGUGCAGAAUACGUUUAUGAAUCUGUUUUUGAAAUACUGGUUCCAUUUCGAUGUUCAAGAGAAGGAGAAGUCGUUAAUUGAAAAGCAUUAUGGUCUGAAAGUGCCUCUGGAAGAUUUGGCCAAAAAUAUAACAUUGUUGAUGGUCAACACGUUUCAUCCUCUGAAUGGUGUGCGCCCAUCUCUCCCGGGACUGAUCGAAGUUGGCGGUAUGCAUCUUGAUGAUACUAGAAAGCACAUACCGGGGUAUAUGGAGAGAUUCCUCAACGAAUCCGAGCAUGGCGUGGUCAUAUUCAGCUUCGGUUCUCUCAUCAAGACCGCAACGAUUCCUAAAUACAAAGAAGAUAUAAUAACCAGAGCGCUCUCCAAGCUGAAGCAGAGGGUGAUUUGGAAGUAUGAAGACAGUGCAGAGGAAGGUACCCUUACUGGAAACAUUUUGAGAGUGAGGUGGCUGCCUCAGUACGAACUAUUACGUCACAAAAAGGUAGUGGCAUUUUUGGCACAUGGAGGCCUUUUGGGUAUGACUGAAGCGGUAUCAGCUGGUAAACCCAUGGUGGUCGUGCCCUUCUUCGGAGACCAACCCUCCAACGGCGCUGCGGCAGAAGCAGCAGGAUUGGCUAAAGUUGUCUCUUACUCUGAUCUUACUGAAGAAGCGUUAAGUGCUGCCCUUGAGAAGGUCUUAAGUGCUGAAAUGCGUUUGCAAGCGCGUCUACUUUCAAAUAUCUGGAAUGACAGACAAACCCCGCCACUCGAGACCGCCGUGUACUGGGUUGAGAGGGUGAUUCGUUGGGGUCCAGCUGCGAAACUCCAUUCUCCAGCCAGGGAUAUGCCUUUCUACCAACUUGCCUUGCUCGACGUUGCGGCCGCAUUUAUCGCUUUUGUUAUUACUAUUGUUGUUAUUAUUUGGUUUAUUCUUAUGAGGGUAUCAAGGCUCUUUGUUAAGGAACGGAAGCAGAAGUUACAUUAACACAAUAACUUUGUUGGUUUGCUUUAAGUUUACGUUUAAGCUUAUAUACAUUGGUAGGUACUCAUUCUUAUCUUCCUGGAGGUUUAGAGUUCACGAUGUAACUACAAAACAUCAAUAUGCAUCGCUUGGUUGUGAAAACAAUCAAACAACUGUUCGUUCAACUGUACAUUCCAACCUCCAGAGUUAUAACACUAAAAUCAUUUCAUAAAUCAAAAUGAUUGCUUUGCCAAUAAUAGAACUAUAGUGUGGUUGGAAACGAGCUGUUAUUUUUUUAGGAUAUAAUAGAACAAAUAUAAGAAUUAACUAGAAACAGAGGUAAUUAGAUUAAUAAUGAAAAUAUAUAACUAUAUAAACUUAUAAUAAUGUAAAUAAUACUUUACGAAAAAUUUAAAGAAUUGCGAUUAUCUUUAAAAGAACCAAUGUGAUUUAUACCCAAUAUUAUAUUUGACUUAUUAAACAUAUUUUUAAGUUAUUAUAAUCAUGGUGCUGUUUAUAACAUGAAACUUAAUAAAUGUAUAGAAAAAAACUAUUUACAUAACUUUUGUGGGUUUAUUAUAUCAAUAGUUAAAAGUGUUAGCAAAGGUUUACAAAUGUAUCAUUGCUCGACAACAUAUUAUUUAGUUUUAGCUAUAUUUUAAAAAUCAAUAUAAAAUGGAUAAAAGUACAACCCUAUACACAAACACGUCGUUUUGUGAUUGUUAUUAGUUAUUUACUAAGCCAAUUUGAUCAUGAUUUAUAAAUAGCGUCUUCUUCGUAGUCUUCAUUACUGAAGGUCUUGCCUGUCAUGAAAAGCCCGAACCGACACGUCGACGUGCUGCCUCCACUACACUCUAUCCUCAGCUUGUCUCAGUGCAUUAGGGAUGUGGACACCCAUAAUUGUCUUUAUCUGGUCAGACCAACGGGUAGGCAAUCGACCCCGACUUCUCAGGCCAUCACUCCUCCCUACCAUUACCAGCUUGUCGAGACUAUUCGAUUCUCUCUGGCAAUUUUACCAAAGUAGCUAAGCACCCGUUUGUAAAUGGUAGUUGACAGUCUUGUGGUGAUCUAUAGUUGGCUGAGACUGGACUUAUUGGUUCUUUUUGCAGUCCUUGGUAUUCGCAACAUUCUCCUCCUUAGGAAAAUUCAAAUUAUAGCGCCUGCCGAAACUAUGUUACCAAAGUUUGCCUCGCUAAAUUAUAAGUAUUAAAUGUUA